UCCCAUUGGCUCAUUCUCUUGAUGAAUUUAUUUAUAGAAUAUUUUUGCGGCUUAGAUUCACUUCUACUCAAACCAUUUUUAGAUUCAAACAUUGAAUUCAAUAUUCUGAAUCAAUUGAAUUUCUGGUUAGAAAUCUUAUUUUUUAGUCAUGUCUUAUUAUUUAAACCAGAAGUUAUUAACUCUAACUCAAUUUUCCAGCAUUAUUGAGAAUCAUAGGCAUAGAUUCUUAAGUUCGUGAGUUGUGGUUUUUAAAUUCUACACCGUGUUAAUAGAUAUAAUAUGUCCUUAUUCAAAUUAUCAUGUUUCAUUUAUGCCUCCAAUUCACGAAGUAGUUCUCAUUGGUUAUUAUGAAUGAAUCUCUAUUAUACGUAAUAUGUCGAAUUGUGUCAUAAUAUAGAGUAGAAUCCUAUUGAUUAUUGUUUUAUUCAAAUAUCAAACAAGUUUUGGAGGAAAUUUGGCUGAUGAAAUGCGAAAUUUCAGUAUAAAAGGCGAAAUUUCUCUGUUUGUGAUCAGAAUUGAACAAAGCCUUCGACCAAACUACCUCAAGAUGAAAUCAUUCGUAGCCCUCGCUGUAAUCUCCAUGCUAUCUGUAGCAAACGCUGGUGUUCUCCUUGGUGGAGCAGCCCUCUCCUCUGCACCAAUCACGACAACCUCCCUCUCAUCACCCUUGACUUCCCUUCACCAAACUAGAAUUGUGUCCGCUCCACUGAACUCUGGGCUUAUUGCUUCGCCAUCUUGGGUUGGUAGCCCCCUUCUGACAAGGACUAUUUCCACCCAUGGUGCUUGGGGAUCCCCAUGGGUCGGUUCCCCAGCUCUGUUGAAUCAACCAACUAUCGUUGAUGGAGGAUUAGUUGGAGCUCAUGGUAUUUGGUAGACAAUUUUUCAUUUAUCUGUAAAUAAUGUAUAAUAAAUUCAAGAGAAAUAUAUUAUUGUGAAUAUUA